UUUAGUGUUCCCAUGAUAUGAUAUGAUUUAGACAUUCUAACUUUCCCAAUAUAGGCCACACAGAAAUGCUUCUUAAUAUUUAAGAGAUGACGCCCAACAAACUCCUCCUCCUGUUUAUCUUGUGGCAUUAAUCACCCCUCAUACAUGUCGUUUCGAUUGAGGUUAAUCCCACCUCCCUCCUGCUCGCACCACAGAAACAAAUGUUCCAUUCUAGCAUAAACCUUCUGUAAAAACAGUGUUUCUCUAAUGCAGUGCUUCUUCUAGCGACACGACAGAGCUCUUCACGAGAAGCAAAUGUGGUCCUUUGUGCUGAAGAUGGGAUGACAGGAGGAGGAGAAGCAGACGGACGGUGGAACACGGAGGUGACCAGACUCGCUUUAUCCACAGGAGCCUCGCUGUGAACAGUCUGGCUUGUGUCUUCCUCGGGGACAUGAGGGAACUGUUGAGCGAUGAAAUCGAUUUUUCACUUUUCUCCGGAAGGGCAAAGGAUGGAGGAAAAUAAAACCCGACGUGCUCAUCGCGGCUGUGCGAAUGCGAGCGGGAGGCGAUUUAUUGAAGCAUUAUAGUGCCGGAUGCCUUCAGGUCGUGAUGAUGGAAGUGAAAUGAGAUUGCUUUGCUUGUCGUGCGUUUAACAGACUAGAUUAUGCGCCAGCCGCUGCAGUGACUGAACGCUUUUUAUUUUACCUGCUCGACGCCACUUCAUGCUGAAAUACGAUGCCUGCAUUGAUGAGCUGCAGUUAAGAGGAACCUUACUGGCUGUUUGUCUGCAGCACCACGGACAGCGACAAUGACUCGGCUCCGCAGGAAAGCUCUCGUGGCACUUUUCCUCUUCACGCUCUUCAUUUUCGGGGCCAUGAUGGGGCUCAGGACGCUGAAACCUAGCGAUGGCUUCUCGGAUCUGGCCCCCGGCAUGGACUUCAUCGGGGAGAGAUCCGACAGGAGGCGGCUGGAUGUCAAAGACGUGGUGGUGUCGCCGGGCCAGUUCCACAUGGGCAGCAGUGACACCAAGGUGGUCUUCACCAAAUCGGAUCGAGACUACAGCAUAUUUUACGAUGUUCACAUCUUCUACUACCUGUGGUACGGCGCUCCCAGCAUGGACAACAAGUACAUUCACUGGGAUCAUGUGCUGGUGCCACACUGGGACCCAAAGAUCGCAGCCAGUCAUCCCCAAGGAAGGCACACGCCUCCGGAAGAUAUUGCAUCAAGUUUUUACCCUGAGCUGGGACCCUACAGCUCCAGGGACCCAACGGUGCUGGAGUCACACAUGGCCCAGAUAGAGGCGGCUGCAGCAGGGGUGCUGGUGUUGUCCUGGUAUCCUCCCGGGAUGGCGGACGACCACGGGGAGCCCACCGAGGACCUGGUUCCCGCUGUCAUGGACGCCGCCCACAGGCACAGCAUCAAGGUGGCCUUUCACAUACAGCCAUACAAAGGACGGACGGACCAGAGCAUGCAUGACAACAUCAAAUACAUUAUUGACAAGUAUGGAAAGCAUGGCGCCUUCUACAGAUUCAGGUCCAGCACAGGGCGAGUCCUGCCUCUGUUUUAUGUCUAUGACUCCUACCUAACACCACCAGAGUCCUGGGCAGAGCUUCUGACAGCUAAAGGUUCCCACAGCAUCAGAGGCACGCCUUACGAUGGCGUUUUUGUUGCCCUCAUUGUGGAGGAGCGCCACAAACAUGACAUCCUAGCUAGCGGCUUUGAUGGCAUAUACACCUACUUUGCCUCUAACGGCUUCUCCUUUGGCUCAUCCCACCAGAACUGGAAAGCCAUCAAGGCCUUCUGUGAUGCAAACAAUCUGCUCUUUAUUCCCAGCGUCGGGCCGGGGUAUGUGGACACAGCUGUUCGGCCGUGGAACAACCACAACACUAGGAACCGUGUUAACGGACGUUACUACGACACAUCCUUGCAGGCGGCUUUGUCUGUCAGACCAGAAAUCGUCACCAUUACUUCUUUUAACCAAUGGCACGAAGGCACGCAGAUAGAGAAGGCUGUACCCAAGAAAACAGUAACUCGUUUGUACCUUGACUACCAACCCAACCGGCCAGAUCACUACUUAGAGCUUACGCGCCAGUGGGCCGAAAACUUCAACAAGGAGAAGGACAAGUGGCUGAUGUGAACAUGGCUUUGUUCCCCUGGAAGAUGCCCUGAGCAUGACCAGAAAUGACAUGUAGUUCCACUGUUAAAGACAGCUCCUUUAUGUUGAUCCACUUACCUGUUUUUCUGAUGAGAUUUUCUCUAAAU